AUGUCCGCCAGAACGCGGAGGGGGUGCCCACCCCUGACCCCGGAACAAAGCUCUGACGCCAAUUGGUUGAGUCAGCCCACUAAUCCGUGCGACCAUGUCUUGCCUUACAGUUUAUCACCCACUUGCCAGAGCCCCACCCUCCUGAGCCCAUGCAGCCCUUGCAGCCCCUGCAGCCCCUUACAAACCCUUCAUCCCUGGAGCUGUCGCAGCAGCAACAGGAAGAGCCUCGGCGUUGGGACGCCCUCACCCACGCUGUCCCGGCCACUCUCCCCGCUCUCUCUGCACACCGCUGCGAGCAGCCCUCUAGACAGCCCUCGAAAUGUGUCAGCUGGCGGCUGCCUCAACUUUCCCUUCGCCCGAAGAGCCGAGGGCCGCCGAUGGUCUCUGGCGUCCCUCCCUUCAUCUGGAUAUGGCACCAAUCCACCAAGCUCCACGGUCUCAUCCUCCUCCUCAUCACAGGAGCGCCUUCACCAGCUACCUUACCAGCCGACACAAGAUGAGCUCCACUUCCUUUUCAAGCACUUUCGCAGCACAGACAGUAUGACAGACGAAGAUGGACGGCCCACAACUGUCAUCAGACCACGAUCUCGAAGCCUCAGCCCGGGGCGACCUAGUGUCUCUGUGGACCACGAGAUAGUGAUGAUGAACCAUGUGUACAGGGAACGUUUUCCAAAGGCCACAGCGCAGAUGGAGGAGCGCCUACUGGAGAUUGUCACCCACUGCUCUCCAGACAGCUCCCUCCCGUUGGCCGACGGAGUGCUUGGCUUCAUCCAGCACCAGUUGGUUGAGCUGGUCCGAGACUGCCUGGACAAGUCCCAGAAAGGCCUGGUUACUUCAAGAUAUUUUGCUGAGUUGCAGGAGAAGCUGGAAAAGCUGCUUCAUGAGGCAUAUGAGCGCUCUGAAAGUGAGGAAGUCACUGUCAUCACCCAGCUGGUGCGGAAGAUCCUCAUCAUAAUCUCCCGACCGGCUCGUCUUCUUGAAUGUCUGGAGUUUGACCCAGAGGAGUUUUAUCACCUACUUGAGGCGGCAGAGGGUCAUGCCAAAGUGGGCCAGGGAAUCAAGACCGACAUUCCUCGGUACAUCAUUAGCCAGCUGGGCCUGACCCGGGACCUGUUGGAAGGCAUCGCACAGUAUGACACCAGUCAUUCUAUGUCAGUGGAAACAGACGCUACAGUAGAGAAUAAGGCCCCACAGACCCUGACUCCAACUCGAAGGAAACCUCUUGAAAGUGAUUUUGAGACCAUUAAACUCAUCAGUAACGGAGCUUACGGCUUGCUGAUCACCUCGAUGGGCCACAUCAAGCUCACAGACUUCGGUCUGUCUAAAAUCGGCUUAAUGAACAUGACAACCAACCUGUACGAGGGUCACAUGGAGAAGGACACGAGAGAAUUUAUAGACAAACAGGUGUGUGGGACCCCAGAGUAUAUUGCGCCUGAGGUUAUCCUCAGACAGGGCUAUGGAAAGCCAGUUGACUGGUGGGCAAUGGGAAUCAUCCUGUAUGAAUUUCUGGUCGGCUGUGUUCCGUUUUUUGGAGACACCCCUGAGGAGCUUUUUGGACAAGUUGUCAGUGAUGAAAUAAUUUGGCCAGAGGGAGAUGAUGCCUUGCCUCCUGAUGCCCAGGACAUGAUCACCCGACUGCUGCAUCAGAGCCCUUUAGAGCGACUUGGAACGAGUGGAGCCUCAGAGGUGAAGCAGCACCCCUUUUUCCUGGGUCUGGACUGGAAUGGACUCCUCCGUCAGAAAGCAGAGUUUAUUCCUCAGCUGGAAGCAGAGGAUGACACCAGCUACUUUGACACUCGUUCAGAUCGCUACCAUCAUUUGGCAUCUGAUGAAGACGAGGAAACCAAUGAUGAUGAAUCAUCACUAGAAAUACGGCAGUUUUCUUCCUGGUCGCAUCGUUUCAGCAAGGUUUACAGUAGCACAGAACAUCUGGCGACACCAUCCAACCUGAGCUUCUCUUCGGACCGGAGCCACAGUGAGGACAAGGAAGACCGCGGGGAUGUGGGAGGACUGGUUCCUUCGCCGGGCCUAGCAGAUUGCAACGUGGAAAACAGGCAGUCUGGGCGUAUGGCCAGCCUUCGCCCUCGCGCUUCUUCCAGCUCCUCCCAGUCUGACAGAAGCAGCAGUCCACUGGUGAUGAGCAGCACUCACAGCCUGGAGACGAUGCCCCGCUUUGCCCUCUCCACUGAUGAUGAGGCUGAGGUGGUGGUGUCGAACUUACGGAGGAUCCGAAUUCGCAGCAACAGCACGGGGGCCAAACACUCAUCCCCCAAGGAACCCGCGGGCCCUCGACGCUUCGGUAACCAGCUGGAGACACCGGACAGACAGAGGCUUUCCUGUGGAGGGAAGGUUCCCAAGUCGGCCUCCGUCUCAGCCCUGUCCCUCAUUAUUACUACGGAUGACUCACCCGGUGGCCUCCAGCCCUGUCCCAUUUCCCCACGCUCGCUGUCCUCAAACCCCUCAUCACGUGAGUCGUCCCCGAACAGGGACCUGUCGUUCAGCCCCAGCAGCCUGAAGCCACCCAUCAUCAUCCACACUUCAGGGAAGAAAUUCGGCUUCACUCUGCAGGCCAUCCGGGUUUACAUGGGUGACAGCGACGUGUACACUGUGCAUCACAUGGUGUCGAGUGUGGAGGAGGGCAGCCCGGCUCAUGAGGCAGGUCUUCGCACAGGAGACCUCAUCACCCACGUAAACGGAGAGUCGGUCCAGGGCCUGGUCCACCCGGAGAUGAUUGAACUGCUGCUGAAGAGUGGCACCAAGGUGACUCUUCAGACCAUAGCGCUUGAGAACACUUCAAUCAAAGUCGGUCCAGCUCGGAAGAGUAAACACAAGGGGAAAAUGGCCCGCCGUAGCAAAAAGAGCAAGAGGAGAGAUAAUUAUGACAGACGGCGGAGUAUCCUAAAGAGACUCUCCAAGCAGAGCACAGUCAUGCACAGCAGUCGGAGCUUUUCUUCAGGUCUUCAUCACUCAGUUUCCUCAAGUGAGAGCCUUCCAGGCUCCCCGACGCACAGCCUCUCCCCCGGCCCCUCCACGCCGUGUAGGAGCCCUGCACCUGACCACCAAGACGCCGACAACAACUCUCCUCAGAGCACAUCUCCUUGCUCCAGCUCUCCCAGUUCUCCAGCCACACACAUACGACCCAACUCUCUGCACGGCCUAGGCUCCAAACUCAGCACGCAGCGCUUCAAUAAGGUGGGCCGCAGGAAGUCAACCAGCAACAUCCCCCCCUCCCCUCUGGCCUGCAGUUCCUCCUCCAACCAGCCGCUCUCCCCACAGCGCUCCCCCUCCCCGCUGCCGGGCUACGCCAAAAGCCUUCACGCUUACCACGGCAAAACCCUGUCACCCCCCACCAUCGUGAGACACAUCGUCCGGCCUCGCAGUGCCGAGCCUCCCCGAUCUCCUUUGCUGAAGAGGGUGCAGUCAGCCGAGAAGCUGUCUGGAUUUUAUCACGGCGAGAAGAAGGCUUACGCCCCCCGCAGGCACACUCUGGAGGUUCCUUUUUAUGGCGAGUGCGACUUGCUCGGUGACUCUGAGCUGGAGGGCGGAGGCAGGAACUUUUACAUCGGCGCCGACCACAGCAGACCGGGGGGCUACAUAAGCAGCCAGAGAUUACGGGAGUCUGGGACAGAACGCUCGGAGCAGCUGGUCGUGAUGCGGAAGCUCAACCUCUCCGAGCGGCGGGACUCCUUUAAAAAGCAGGAGGCCGUUCAGGAGGUGAGCUUCGACGAGCCAGAUGAGAAAACCAGCGGCGCUGUGACGGGAACCACCACAAUCCCAGGAGUCCAAACGCAGCCCCUGCUGCACAGGACGGCCUGGCCGGUCAGUCGGCCUCAGAGCAGAGAGGUGGCGGAACUGGAAGUGCCAGCGGUGAGGAGGUUCACCCUGGUGCCGCAGAUCGCCGUUCAGGGCUCAACAGAGAGCGAGGAGCAGGACGAGUGGGAGCCGUGCUCCGAUGAGGAGGACGCCACCGAAGACCCCGAGCUGGAGAUCGACCCGUCCCAGCAGCAGACUGGACAUCCGCUAUCUGACAGCAGCCAGGUGGCUGGAAGCACUCCCACUGGUCAUCAGGGUGCUCCAGCAUCAGAAAAGACUGAGCGCAGGGAGGACACGCCUAAAAAAGGACUCGUAAGAAAGUGACAGAUCACAACUGCGCCCAAAUAAACGGCUCAGAUGGGAUCGGUCAGCUCAGACAGGGUCGGUCAGCUCUGAUGUGCGGUGAUGCCGAGCUGUGUCCAGUCUGUCCCAGGCGGAUUGGAAGUUAAAAGCUU